UGCUUCUGGUGACUAAUAGGAUCUACGAUGUGGAGUACUUGUGUUCUGUGCGGUUUGUAAGAUAGUUUCUUGCACAGACCCGUUUUCGUGGCGGAAGUGUUUGGAGAUCGGUGUCUCGGGGAAGCGUCUUGGUUUAGGAUUAGGAUCGGAUGAGAGUCAGUUUUGGGGGGGCUGAGCGGAGCUGAGAAGGGAGGAUUACUUCCUUUUCAUUACAUUCGUGCUCUUUUACUUCGAAGAUUGGGCCCCCCUGGACGAGCUUGCACAGAGUUGAUGUCGUGUUUUUGUUAAAUUGGUCUCCAGGCAAUAUUUUUGUGGUCACUUCGUGGGUGUGGAAUUGGUCUUUCUGACCCUUCUUGGAAGUAUUCUCAGUGUUCAGAGUUACGUCUCUGAACUCCGCUGUGUCUGCUUUUGCGCUUGUCUUCACCCUGCGCUUCCAUUCGGUGGCCUGUAGAGUUGAAUCAUUCGAAGAUAAUAUGCUAUCGCGAUUCUUUCCCCCCCUCGCUAAGUUCGUAAUGUAUUUGAUAGUUCUAUGCUGCCCUUUCACCACGUAGGGUAGUGCUGUUGUUCUAAUGGUGCCGGUUUCGAUGCGUGACCAAUGACGUUCUCAGAUUCUUACUUCUUGUUCAUGUUCAUGAUAUCCUCCUGUCGGAUGUGUCUUCCAGUGCAAUCACUCCUCGUGUUGUCAACUAGCGAUCGUGCUUCAUUAACAUCUACGUGCCUUGAGGCCUAAGCUUCUCCACGUCAGGUGCUUAGAUCCUCACUUCCCACCAUUUUUCGUAGGGUAGCGCCGGUGCCAGCGCGUAGUUGCUGAGCUGAAACCUCCCCGUUUUUAUCUCAUGAACGUUCCUUAUUCUCGAUGACACAACUGUUGCAGGGAUGCUCGAAGAGAUUGACACUGAUGUCUCAAACGAUUGGUGCAAUGGCGUUUUGGGUCCCCUUUCCCUUGUUUAGUCUGCGAAUAAUUAUACUUUUCUAUUUGUGUUUGGUUGCGGCGUGUUUCCGCUCUAAUGUGUUAUUAGUACAUAUGAGUUCUCUACCCGUUGCUCUGGCGAAACUCGAAGUUGCGUUCCGUUUUAUCCCCCCAGGGUCCUACCUAUCCUGUAAUGACGUUUUAUCGAAUUCAACUUAUGUCCUGUCAAACUUUGACUUCUUCGUCGGAUUUACUAUAGUAUUUCAAGUCCUGACAUCCUCAUACUGUUCUUGAGCUUUAACAGGAUGCUUUCGCGAUAGCUGGAUCGCUUUUGAGUGUAAGUCUAACAUAGGAAUUCCACAGCUCUUGGCGUUAUCUAAAAGUGUACACCCAUGGAGAACACCGCGUUUGAAGAGUUUACUGCUAUCGAAAGUCGGAUAAUUGUGAGUGAUAAUCCCGAUUGUUGGAUAUGGCGAGAAGAAGCGUUCAAGCUGGACUCGGAAUCACACUUAGAAAUCGCCAAGUCCUUCUGGGACGAUUUGACUCAGAAUGAUGAACAACUAUUUGCCCAAACCCCUCCGAUCAUGGACGAAAGAGAGUCAAGUCCUUCGUACUUUGCGGAAUGUAGCCAAGAAAGUGGCAGUGUCAGCCCAAGCAACUACGCUCAUGAGAAUUGCGGGCGAAUUAAGAGGCGCCGAAUGCUACAUUUCUCUGGCACUGGUGAGGAGUGCGUGCCAGCUUCCUCGCCUCCGUUCGAAUCUAGUUCUGCCAAUGACUUGCCUUUUGUGAGCUGUGUGAAUCCAAUAGUUUCUGCAGCUGAGGAAUUUUUGGUGCCAGUUCCCUCAUCGCCUAGUAACAUCUGGUUCCCCAAGGAGUCCCCAACCACAAUCAAUGCGAUUUCAGAAGAAGCUGGUAAAGGUGCCGACGAAAAGUGGAUGUCGAAGUGCCUGGACCAUAAAGAGCUCCACAGUCCACCUGAAAAAUCGAAGAUUGUGGUACGCAGCGCCAAUCACAGCGAAGGAUCAGGUAUGUCCGCGCAGUCAUCGCCAUCAUCCGAAGGCGAAGUUUUACAAGGGCCAUUGACUCCGUUUUCCAAGGGUUCUACUCCUGGUUGGAUGCCCAGCCCGCUCACAAGGUUUCGAGUGAAAGCAACACCUGUAGCAUACCCAUUUAAUUUGGUAAAACCAUGUAGUGCCCAUGGUGACGUCACAUUGAGCGACAUAAAUCAGCGAAUCAAGGUUUCGUCUCCAAGUUCUUCACGUCGUCAACCUCCAAGGGACGGAGAAAAAUCCCCCACCCAAUCUGGAUCCGGGCUCUCAGGAAAAGCUGUGGUGGAAUGCAUCAAGCUUCACACUGAAGGCAAGGGAUCCAUAACCAUCAUGAAGACUCGAGGGUAGAGGCCUCAGGGGGCCAACUGUUAGGUAGCGCAGAGUGGGCGAAUGUAAUCCAUGCCCUUUCAAGAUCCCCGUUAUAGGAGCCUGAAGAACCAUUUUUUGCUGGCUCAGAAAUUGAUUCUGCUGAGGAAAGUGCAUGUACAUUUUUUUCUUUUUUCUCUCAGAACGAUCUUAUUGUCAAAGAAUUAUACAAGAAGGAUCCUAGACCAAGCAAUCAGGAGGCAGGGCCUGAUGUCUCGCAGUUAGUGGAGCGGACUGAGCUGAGUGUAAAAUUUACAGCGUCACCUAUAUAGAGUCUUUCUCAGCUGCCCUGUCACUCCCCAAGUACAGUGUGGCAAGUCCCUACACCGACUUAUAUUCUUUUGGAACCCUGAAUCAUUUGUACAAUACCGUUCAGGACUUGAAAAUCAGGGGUUCUUUGGCAUCCCCGGACCUGGACUUGCUAUACAAAUUUGUUACUUAGUUCUGUUCACUUU